AUGGGUAAAUGUUUACAUAUUGCACUUGUGCUGACAGCAGUCGCAGUCAUCUGUCAACUGAUUGGUUUGGCAUCCCCGUACUGGGUCGCUUACGAAUCACCAUCAAUAAAUGCACAUUCUGGUCUAUGGAAAGUGUGUUUUGAAAUUAUUCGGACUGAAAAGACCGAAUGCCAAGAUAUAGAGACUAUGGAGGACUGGUUUAAAGCCGUUCGGGCUAUGAGCAUCCUGGGAUUUCUAGUGCUGUUAGUUCCCGUAGUCCUGCUGCUGUUAAAACUUUUUGUCUUGAAAGAGCAGAAACAAUUACUUCUUGCUGCAAUAGGCGCAGCUUUUGCUGGAGCUUUGUUCAUUUUGAUAUCGAUAGCAGUGUAUUCAGGGAAAAAGAAUGAAAUGUUUGCAUCCAGUAUCUCCAUCAAUUUUCAUUUUGCCUUUGUCUUCUGCAUCAUCGGAAUGCUUGCUGCGAUUGGAUCCGGAGUUGUCAUGCUGGUAGAGAAAAGUAGAGACUGA